AUGGGUGAAAUUGAGAAUGAAAAAGAUAUUGCAAAAACAAAUAUAGAAUUACUUGAGGAACAAUCAUCUGAUCCACGAUAUAUGACAUCACCAUGGGCAGAUUGGAGUCCAUGUAAUGUUAAAUGUGGAAAUAGAUUAAGAACACGAACAAGAAUCUAUAAAAAUGCUGAUCAUCAUGGAUGUAAUGAACGAUUGAGUGAAAGUGAAAUGUGUUAUGCAAGAACAGAUGACAAUUGUGAUGAUGAACAUCAGCAAGUCGCACUGUAUUCAUCAUUUUCACCAUGUUCAGUAUCAUAUGGUCAAGGUACAACAGAAAGACGACGAUGGUAUAUCAGUGAAAAUUCACAUCAUGAUCCAAGAUGUAAAGAUGUUCAUUUAAUUGAAAAACGUCAAUGUCACGGUGCACAUGCUGCUCAAUGUGAUAAUAAUGGAAAUAAAGGUUAUGGACAAGAUGCCAUACAAACACGUACACGUAUUCCUAUACGUCGAACACGUAAUAGUAGUAAACGAUGUGGACCAUUAAAAGAAACAAGAUAUUGUCAAACAGCUGUACCAUGUUAA